CGCCUGCCUUUGCCUUGCUUCGACCGCUGGGUGUAUAUGGACAACAUUGGAGGACGCGGCUGAGAGCUGUGGAGGAGGGAGGGGGGCGUCGUCAUGGCUUCCUCCAUGGUCCGAGCCACCGUCCGGGCUGUGAGCAAGAGGAAGAUUCAAGCCACCCGUGCAGCCCUCACGCUGACCCCAUCUGCGGUGAAUAAGAUAAAGCAACUGCUAAAAAAUAAACCUGAUCAUGUAGGAGUUAAAGUAGGUGUGCGCACAAGAGGUUGUAAUGGCCUUUCCUAUACACUAGAAUAUACAAAAUCAAAAGGAGAUUCUGACGAAGAGGUAGUACAAGAUGGUGUCAGGGUGUUUAUUGAAAAAAAAGCCCAACUUACACUUUUAGGAACUGAAAUGGACUACGUAGAAGACAAACUGUCCAGUGAAUUCGUUUUCAAUAACCCAAACAUCAAAGGAACAUGUGGUUGUGGAGAAAGCUUCAAUAUUUAAAUUACCAGGACUAAUUCCAUGACUUAGCAAUGCAGAACUGCUUUCUAAAAGCAACCAGUUGUUGUGUGUUUUUCACAUAUAUGGGCUUUGUAAGAUAGUGGGCUUGACACAAAAUAAAACUGCUGCGUUUGAAAAUAUAAUCUGUCUGUUCAGUUCCCUCCCUCCCCCUUACUAAAGGUAAAGUGGGAUAGAAUGAAAAGUUGGUUGCAAAAAAAAAAUCUACAAUUUUCAUAAGAAUUCAUAAUUUGGUUUAUAGCAAAUUCUACUUUUUAGGAGUCUACUCUUAGCAGUUGUGUUAAUUCUUUACAAAAUUAAAAACGUUUCUGAAAAAAGUUCCAUAGAUUCAGAUUUCCAUUUACUAUAUUUUGAAAUAGAAGUCUACUUCUCUGUGUAUUAUAGGAUCAAAAUAUUGUCCAUUUAAAGCAAAAGGCAAUCCUAUACAAAAAAUGUUGUGUUCCCUGUUUGAAUAUUUUAUAAAUCUUUGAAAACUUAAUUUGAAUUCUAAUAGGCUCGUGAGAUCAUAUAACUUGAAGUGAAGUGAAUAAUCCCCUUUAAGCAAGUAAAUGUUUUUUAUACAAGAAAAGCCAACAGUGUUUUCAGCAAUCUUGUACUGUGAAUGUUUUAAAAAAAAUAUCAUUCUACAUUAUAUUUCCUAAUUGAUGGAUAAAACAUUUUCUCUAGUGGAUUAAAUAAUUUUAUUAUCAUGCAGCAAAGCUAAAUUAUUGAGCACCACCAUUUUGUUAACUAAUGACAAUUUAUGAUUCGACUUUAAUUUUGUUAAAAAUUUGCUUGAGAAAAAGUUUGAAUUAUGCUGACAACUUGGAGAGUAAUUUUACAAAUAUAUUGUGUAUUUAUAUAAUAAACUUGGAUGGAAUUAAGAUUCAAUUGCAAGAUUUUAUGAUUUACGAUGUCACACUUUUACACAGUUUACUGUUUUUACUUGUUUUUCCCCCGAUGAAGUAAAUGUUUCCAAAACACUUUCUCAUGGUAAGAUAGCAAUUAUCUUAUACAGUCAGACAUUCACACUAGCCUUAGGAUGGGAGAAGAAGGAAUAUGUUAUAUGAAUGAUAGGUUAUAUGUUACAACGCAAGAUUACUAUUCCAGUAACUUUAUCAGUUGCCACAGCUCUGCUUUUCAAAUACUUGCACUUAAGUGAAACACUGGGGAAUAAAUCCAUUUGUUUAAAAAGUUUUAACAGCUGGAACUGCUUUGGUAAGCUGUACAAUCUUUUGCAUGGCAGAUUUGACAUGCUGCUUCACAUACCAUGUUCAAG